UAUGAAAGGCUUUAGUUAUUAUUGUAAACAUUGAGAAGACAUUCAUUUCAAUCACUUCUUCUGCGCUUCCCUUCAAUUGAGUCGACAAUUAAUGAGCGAAACUAUGAAAUCAAUCGUCUUUUUAGCGGUUCUGUCGGUUCUAACCAAUGGUCUGAACGCAUUGCCAACCGUUGCGGACAACACCUCAGCGGACAAGACAUGCAAAUCAUGCACUUCUUUGGUCGCAUUCAUCCAUAAAUUGAAUACAAAUCAAACCAAUCUCUUGGAGAAUGCAUUCGUCAACGUUUGUAACGAUUAUUCUUCACUUCCCGGACAACAAACCACUCAAACAUCUGUAAGCCGACAGACAAACACUGCCAUCAGUUUUCUCAGAGAGACUAAGAAAGAGAUUGAGAUAACUAAGCACUCGGAGUUAACGGGCAGUCGACUGUUGGAAGUCGGGGUCAGUUUAGCUGUCGGUGUCGUUGAAUACCAGAUAAGCCAAUCAAAUGAAUAUCAAAUUAACGUUAUCCGAUACACUCUCCUAUCGCUCACUCACUCCCGCACUAACAAUGCGUUUGUU